AUGGUUAAGAGCAAGAAAGACCGAGAUAAUCAUCAUGCAGACGAUCAUAAGCAUGAAGUUGAGGUGAAAAGAUUGAUGAAAUCGUACGUGAAGGUUGGGGUGAGCUUGCGCAAGAUACCGCUGGCGUUCAUGACGGUGAAGACAAGAGAAUCAACUGAAUUUAUACACUCUUUUGAGUAUGUGAUGCAAUAUUCGUACCAUAAUAUGUUUGCAAAAUCAGAGCGCUCGUCAAAGAUAAAUGAUAGAUUAUAUGGUCUUAAAGCCUCAUUAAAAAGCUGCAAUGAAACUCUCAUCCUCUAUGCGAAACUUUACUCAUUAUCACAGCAACAAUUUUACACACCUACAUCGUAUGCUUUUUACGGCCUGUAA